ACACGGUAGUUCUCGGAAAAACGUAAAGCAAUAAAGACUAUACAUUGUCGCCAUUUUGAGGUUUAGAUAAGUUGGUGGAUUUGAGUAUCAAGAAGCAACGAAACUAAUUAACAAUGGCAGUAGCAAAUAAGAAUCACUUGAUUGCAACAGGCAUUAUGUGUGGCAUUGUUUUAGUGUGCGGUGUGGCAUGCAGUGUCCUGCUCUAUGAGAGUUUAAAGGUUACAGAAAAAUAUGUUAUGGAGACAGUGGAUGUAUCGCUGGAUGACCCUGAUUUGAAGGAAAAUUAUGAACAUGCAUUCAGUCGCAUUUCCGGCCCUGUGUGGCUCUUCGGUCUAGUGUAUGCUAUUCCUGGACUCCUUGGUUUGAUUGGUUGUUGUCUUAAGUCGAAGUGUAUGUUUGUCACCCACAUGGUGUUCAGUAUCCUGUCGCUGCUGGUGAUGGGCCUGGUGUUUGUUGGGUGUAUCAUCUUCAUUGGUGCCAGCGCGUCAAAUGGGGGCAUGCAGUGUGUCAACGUGAAUGGACAGUGCAUGUGCAAGACCACAAAUGCCUUUUCGUCUCGAGAAGUUAACAUUGGAAUUGGUGACUGUGACAUCUUUAACGAAAUGUACGGACUUAUUGUGGCACUGGCUGUUGUUAUCUGUGUGGGAUGGAUUGUGGAGCUCAUUGCAACCAUCAUGGCUGGCAAAUAUGCCUGCUGCUCAUCUGAGGUGAACCAUCCCGGGGUGAUCAUGCAGCACGGUCCCACGAUGACCCAUGUUCACGUGUCGUCGGUUGUCACCGACCAACAUCCCGGGUCAGACCGCUCCAUUCUCGUCCAGAACAUGCAGUACUAGCUGCAAACAUGGUGAAGCAACUAGCCACGAUGUAAUAACUGCAAAAAAACUAACGUUUUUACUAACAACGUAGGUGUAUAGUAGAGAACUGUACAAAACAACUUCAUUAUUUUCCUAAUGGUUGUCACUGUGGUGUGAAAAUCUUUGUUUAAAUCGGCUAGCACAGUUACAAAUACGCGGCGAGAUUUAGAAGUUAUACUAGGUUUUAUAUUUUGAGGUUUUAUUUUAUCUUUGUUCAUCAUUUAAGCAUAAUAAUUAAUUUUGGCUAUUAUCAUCCCACCCCGUUUCAUAUUUACAGGUAGGGGCUAUUCUGAAUGAAACACCAAGAUCUUCCACUGGAAAUAAAUAAACAGUAUAUUUUUUACAUUAUUUUGUGAUGUCAUUUCAUGGUUCCAUAAUUUAAUUAAAAAUAUCAGUUAAAACUUUAUUUUACCUGUCCAUGCUCACUCAUGUAGUACAAAUUGUGAAGAUUAACUACUUGAAAUGUAUGCAACAGGUUUUUAAAAAACUUUUAAUGAUGUAACAAACUCACAUGAAAAGUGAUGGGCAAUGGAUACUGUUUUAUUCUGUUCCUGUUCGUCAUUUUGUUUCCUAACGACCAAUUUAAAAAAUAAAAUUCACUUCAGAAUUACAUGUUACUGCACAUAGUCAAGUGGCAGUGUGUACUUAAUCUCUAGUUUAUUUGUUAGCAGGUGCAUUUUGGGAUAGGAAAGUGCUUGUUUUUAAGAAGUUGCUUAAGAAAUGCUUGGAUUCCUCUUUGAUUUGAAUUAUUUUCUACACAUUACUGAGGCUUUUUUUCUUCUUAAAAAUUGCAAUUUCAAAUAUAUAUUUUUUAUUUAUCAAUUUAAUAUAGAUCAAUUGCAUUAUUUUUCUUCCAACAACAUAUGAUUGAAUAUUCUUUAAAUGCAGACAUGUAUAUGUAUAUGACUAUAUGUAUAUGUAUAUGACUAUAUGUAUAUGUAUUAACUUAGUAUAAAUGUUCAAAACGUUGGGGUGAGAAUAUAUUUUAAAACAUGACAUCGGACUUGUUUGUCAAGACAGUUAAUCAUAUAUAUUCAGUGUAAAACCACAAGUUUGUUAAGGCAAUUGUGUUUUUAUUUUCAAAUGACAAAAUGGUAGGCAAGAUUACAGUUUUGUUUUAUAAAAUAUUUCUUUUGAAGAAUAUUUUUGAAAUUCACCACAAAUGUUUGUUAAAUAUUGAGUUUAUUAUUAACUUUUUGUACAGAAAUAUCAAGAUCGGUGUGUAUUUUUGAAAUUAAUAAUUGUGUUUUUGAAACAAUUUUAAUUCCAAAUACAAAAACACCGUAUACAUUGCAUAAGUGCUAAAACAUAUUUUACUAUAUUUGUUUUCAAAUAAUUGUGUGAAAUUUCAGUCCUUUAUUUUUAUUGUUUAGUAAAAUAUCAGAUUUAGUUUUAUCUGAAAAGACAAAACACUCGAAGUGCCCUUUAUUUUUUCACAAUUACACGACCAUUUGUAUGGGUAACUAUCAUGAAUGCUAUCAUUUAUUACCCAUUGAGUAUUGUUCUCUAAAUUUAACUGUCAAAUUUUAUCACUGUUUCAUAGUAGUCAAACAACGUUUUAUGUUUUUUGUAAUUAAUUUUUCUUAUGCAUUUUUUCAAGAAGAAAAAAUUAAUAUUUUCCUCAUGUUCACAGUGACAGAUUUUUUUUUAGAAAGAUCAAACUGAAAGAAAAUUCACUUAACUGUUUAAGGAGUUUUAGACUAUUAACUACUCAGUUGCCCUACCCCCACCCCCCUCCAAAGAAAAAAUCAUGUAAAAGUUAUAUAAACUGUAACUACAAAAGCAGUUUAACAUGUUUUUAAUUUUGAGACUGAGCUAGCAGUAACACAAUGUAAUACUUUCAAAGCUGCACACCUUAGUUUCAGCCCGUGAAAAUGGCCAUUUAAGUUUGAUUUAUCUUCAUGCCUUAAGAAUAAAGAGAAAAGAGUCUUGUGACUUUGAAAUGGGGAAAUUCCCUCAGAACAUAGACAAACGCUUGGGUUUAUAACUGUUAAUUCUCACAGGUACAUGUCUUUUUAGAAUUAUGAAAAAUGUAUUUUGAGGUAUGUCCGAAAAUGGAUAUGCUAAACAAAUUUAGUUUAUAUUAUCAAAUAUGGCUCCAAUAAUGAAAAAUAUGUUGUCGUGUUUUAAAACUAGGGUCUGUCACUUUAAAAGGAUACAGUUGAUUUUGUAACCUGUAUAGGCCUAUAAUAUGUCCGCAUUCAGAUUUUUUGUCUUUCUAUGACUUUUGAUAUGCUAUUUACCAACAUUUAUUCUUUUUGCUAAUAAUCUAUGCACCUGAAAUAAAAAACGUAUUACCUGUU